UCAUUCACUGGAAUUGGUACAAUCAAGAUAUUGACCCUGCAAAAGUCUAGACCAAUUCGGGUACAUAUGAUUCAAGGAAUCAAGCUAGCAAACCAUUCAUGAAAGCAGGUAUCCAAAAACAUAGUAUGGGUAGUUUUUUUAAGGUGUUCGUCAAAAUUCUUUCUCUGAUUCUGAUAUGCUAUGGCUUGCAAACUAAUGCGGUAACGGUUGUUUUUCACAACUCCUGUUCUGGAGAUCCUAUCACCUCUAAUACAUAUCAGUCAAACCUGAAUCUUCUUCUGUCUUCUCUAACAAAUUCAUUUCACAAAACAAUCAUCCGUAAUGGGUAUUACAACCACACAGUUGGUCGAAAUCCUAAUACCGCCUAUGGAAUGUAUCAGUGUAGAGGUGAUAUUACACUAGAUGAAUGUCGACACAGUGUUAAUUCAGCAGCAAAAGAAGUACUACUUCGCUGCCCCAAGAUUAAACAAGCAAUCAUUACAUACAAAGAACUUGUUGUUUUGAAAGUCUCUGAUCAGUUAUUCUUCUCGAUCAUGCAAGACAAACCAUCAUAUACUCUCCCUAAUGCAAAGUCGAUUACAAAUCCAGAUGAGUUUAAUCCACAGUUCGACAAACUAGCGAAUAAACUUGUAUCAGAAGUUGCAUCAAAUGGUAUUUCCUCUACCAGUUCGUCUUCAACAAAUAAAAAGUUGUAUGCUAAUGGAAGCAUAGAGGUUACACGCUCACAGAACAUAUAUGGGUUAGCUCAAUGCACUUCUGAUUUAUCAGUUAGCAAUUGCACUCAAUGUCUACGUGGGCAAAUCGAUGAUGUUCGGAAACUGUUUAGAGGGCGAAUAGGUGCUAGAGUUAUUUGUAUGAGUUGCUUUUUCAGAUAUGAGUUGUAUCCUUUAUAUCUACCCGAUACGGCUCCAUCACCAUCUUCAUCUCCGAUGAACCCUCCAUUGACAAAUGCAACGCGAAAGAUUUCGCUGAAAGUGUUGGGUAUUAUAGUUCUUCCUUCAGUUAUUGCCGUAUUAUCAAUCAUAGUCAUUUUGCUGUAUUUCUGCAUAAAAACAAGAAAGAAAGCGGUAAAGGAAACUGAUGAUAUUGAUGAGAUUCAAAGUGCUGAAUCCUUGCAAUUCAAAUUCAGUAUUAUAAGCGCUGCGACACAAAACUUCUCAGAUGCUAAUAAGCUUGGGGAAGGAGGAUUUGGUACCGUAUACAAGGGUACACUCUUAGAUGGACAAGAAACAGCUGUGAAGAAAUUGGCUAAAAAUUCAGGUCAAGGUGAAGAAGAAUUUAAGAAUGAAGUUGUAUUAUUAGUCAAACUACAACAUAAGAAUCUUGUUAGACUUCUGGGGUUCUGUUUAGAUGGAGAUGAAAAGCUACUUGUUUACGAGUUUAUGAAGCAUGGAAGCCUCGAUCAAUUCUUAUUCGAUCCCAUUAAAUCCACACACUUAGAUUGGGGAAGGCGAUACAAGAUUAUAGGAGGUAUUGCUAAAGGUCUUGUCUAUCUUCACGAGGACUCUCGACUUAAUAUCAUUCACCGGGAUCUUAAAGCCGGCAACAUAUUAUUAGGAGAAGAUAUGGUCCCCAAAAUUGCAGAUUUUGGGAUGGCUAGGAUUUUCAUGGAGAAUCAAAAUCAAGUCAGUACGAAACGAAUUUGUGGAACUUUUGGGUAUAUGGCUCCUGAGUACGCAAUGAAUGGCAAGUUCUCCGUGAAAUCAGAUGUCUUUAGUUUCGGUGUCUUAAUAUUAGAGAUUCUAUGUGGAAGAAAAAGCAGCUCUUUCGGAAAAGAAGAUGAUGCAGAGACUAUUUUAAGCUAUGCAUGGGAGCUCUGGAAGGAAGGUAAAUAUCAUGAAUUUUUAGAUCCCAUACUGAGAGAAAGUUAUUCAACAAAUGAAGUGGUGAGAUGCAUCCAAAUUGGAUUAUUAUGUGUUCAAGAAGAUGUAGAUGAUAGACCCACAAUGGCGAUGAUCAUUCACAUGCUUAAUAAUCACUCAGUCACACUUCCAUCACCUUUAUCACCAUCCGCGUUUUUGUUACGUGAUGAGAGAAGAGGACCCAACAUCCCUGCCAAAGAAGCUGACAAUGUAAGUGUGAAUGAGGUGACGGUGACAGAACUUUACCCUCGUUGACACGGUACAAGCCACAUUUGGCAGUUCAACUUGAGCUCUGGAAAAUAUGAUUUAGUUUCCACGAAUUUAUCGUUGUGUUUAUCAUACAAUAAGUUAUGUUUCCCAUUAUAUGAAUCUAAAUUGAGUAAUUUCAGCAGAUAAAA